CUCCCAUCCCAAUUUCUCACGCCCAGCCCGGUCAUGUCGCAGCUGACACCUUCGCCCCUCCGUCUGGCGGCUCAACGCACCCGCUAAUCUCAUCGACUCGCCGGCCGCUGGCCUGCGCCGCGCUGCACUGCACUGCCGUUGCACUCGUCCGUUGCUUUGCCCGCUGCGUCUGCCUGCCGCCCCUGCGCGUGCCGCAUCCAAGAUCCCGCCUCUUCCGGCAGGCAAUCCGUCGACCCGCAGCCAGUUCGAGAACCGCACCAACAACCCACGCGAGACAGCCACGACCCGGCGAUCCCAAUCGCGACUCCCGGGCCAUUCCAUGGACCCUGCUGGGGUCAACCCGGGGCCAGGUCCCGGCUUCGGGCUCCAUCCCGCUCCCGCUCAUGCUCACUCCCGUACUCAUGCCGUUCCGCCGCCGCCUCAUCAUCAUGCUCCUCCUGCGGCUCCCACCUCUGCUCCCGGCUCCGUUACCAGCGGCGGAGACCCGGGCACAGUUGGCAGCAGCGGCCCGGGCGACACGGGUCCCAUCAAGCGCAGGGCACCGAUCGCAUGCCGAAGAUGUCGACGCAUGAGGAGCAAAUGCAUACAUGACAAGGCCCAGCCCCCGUGCAAGGCCUGUGCUGAGGCUGGCCUCGGCCCUGAAGCAUGCGAGUUUCCGGCCAGAGGACAAGCGGACAAUGACCGCGAAUACCGCCAUCCUCGCACAAGGGCCGAUCGGUCCACCAAGUCGGCUGUUGCCAAGAUCCGGCGGAGCAUCUUGGAAGGACCCGCUGGUCGAUAUCACGCAGCUGACAACUGGGAGAAUCUCCCGCCUUUGGAAGACCUCAUCGACGGCGUGAACCGCUUCACCAGGUACUACUUCCAGCUGGGGUUCGUCCCGAAGCAGCAGUUCCCCGAACGUCUUCGCCGAGACCACCGCUCUGUCAACCUAUUCCUCGUCAUGAGUAUCCUCAGCAUUUCCGCGCGGCUUAGCCCUUCGCUCAAAGCACGCUACGGUACAGGCGUCAAGGCCGCCGAGUUCUUCAUGGAGCGUUCCGCCAGCAUCGCCAUUGGGGAGGUGUAUCAAGAGCCAACAUUGGAAAGAUGUCAAGCUUUCUACCUCCUUAGCAUUGCACAGCAAGGGAGUGGCCUGCGAAACAAGAGCUACAUUAACAUGGGCAUUGCCAUGCGCAUGGCUGCAUUGAUGCAGCUGCACCGGGAGGAGACGUAUCAGGUGCAGAAUCCCACGCCUGACCUGAUCAUCCGAGCGGAAUCUGCACGACGGACACUGUGGAUGCUGCAUAGCCAAGACAGCCUUCACUCCGGACCCUUGUCACCCGUGUCGCUUGCCGCCGCCGACAUCACAGCUUUGCUUCCGUGCAAUGAAGAGGACUUUGCUCAUGGUCGUGAGCCGAGAUCGCGGGCGGCGCUGGAAGGCACCCCGCCGGCAGUGGAGAAUCCAUCUCUAAUCCGAGACCCGAACCGCUCACUCUUUGCGACGUUGAUGCAGAUCCAUCACUUUUGGGGCAUUGUCGGCCGACGCGCCAUGAGUUACAGCAAGAGCUCUCGGCCUUGGGAACCGACGAGCGAGUUCUCGAUGAUGGUCCGAAGGUUAAAAGACUGGGAACAAAGCCUUCCACAUGAGCACAUGUGGAGCAACUUUUUGCUCAAGGGGUACAAGGCAGAAGGCCAAGAUUUGGCUUACCUCUGCGUUACUAUGAUGACCAGGCUGUGCAACAUUGUACUGCGGCGUCCAUACUUGAUAGAUGCCAUCAAACCAGACCCCAAGGAUUCGCAGAGGCAAGCUUUCUUUGCGGAUCUUUCUCGGGACCUCUUCCGCAACGUUCGGCAACUGUACGAACAGGUUGAUGCCCAAUUCACCGAUCGUACACCUGACGAGAGCGUCGGCGCACAGAUAGCUGCCUUUUGCGUCUACAGCUGUGGCCUCUUUUCGACGUAUAUCUGCAAAUAUCCUAAACUGUGCCGAGAUGACAUCCUGGCGCGAGACGGUCCAAACAUGCUGCAGCGCACCAUCACCAUCCUUAGGGAAUGCAAGGAGGUUUGGCCGCUCGCAGCGCGUUGGGUAGAGGCACUGGAGAGGUUUAGUCUUGACCCCCAAUCCGACGCACUCAAGGAAGAGGGGAGUAUGGACGACGGCAAGGACCCGGUACCUCGCGCGAUACGGCAAUUGCCUCCGCUUCCGACAGCGCCGACGCCACCACACCUCGGGCACGCGCCGCCAUUACCAGACAACGCUGUGCUCCCCAAGCCAGGAACUCAGCCCGAGAUGCUCACCCCCACGACAAUGCAGUCGCCCCAUAGCACUGUGGUGUCUGCUCUACCGUCUUCCACGAAUGGGCAGAUACUGACGCCCCCCAAUCACCAGCAGUAUCACACCCCUAUACAGCCCCUCCAUCACGGACUGCCUCAUCAAGCCGGAUUCCACCAACGGCAAGCAAUUCACCAAGAGCCGCUCCAAAACACGCCGCAACAGAUGUAUAUGUCACCACAACAGAACGCUCCGCAACUCGGGCGGCAGCCAGUCGACGGGUUAGGAAUGCUCAUUGAGGCAUUUGAUUCACACCAACCAGGCGCCGCGCCGUAUGCCUUGGGGGCGCCAUCCGGGGCGGCGCCUUACUACCCGCAGCUGGGACCAGGCAACGAUGGAUUCGAAGGCGAGCUUCAGUUUUACAUUGACGGCGCCCCAUCAAGCUGGAUGAACACAGGAGCAUGGCUCGACAGUAUGUAAGUUACCUUGGAUGGGCAUGUGGGCAUGCAUGAGGAUGAAGUGUGUGUUUACGGAGGACUUACGGAGGACUGUUACGGAUGCGUGCUAUGACACAUAAUGAGCUUGCAUGAUGUUAUGGAUGCCAUGGCGUUAAGGGGCGUAUACAUCACAGCGACACUGUACAUACACUCCUAGAAUUGUCCUCACCGAGGGGAAGCAAUGGGCAACCACUGGGACGGAGCCAAAAAGCAUGUCAGGCGAUAUGUAAUUCGGGGAUUGGAACUUGCACAAUACAUGAACAAUGAAUG